AUGCGGCUCCUGGAACACUCAUGUCAGCUUUCAGGCAAGAGGGGCGGCACCAGAUGUUUCAUGAAGGAAUCGAUGUCGAGUUGCAGAGACAGUAAUACCUUCCCUGCCAUGGCACACACGUCUCUGCGAUUCGCGAUUGUCCUCGCUACACUGCUCUCGCUCUCCUGCAGCGCCAUCGCCGGGCGUCAUCUGCUCCAAACCUCCAACACACGCUACCAAGCAAUGGCUAGGGUUGCCUCUAAAUUUCGUACUAUGCCUGGCGAAAGUUCCCUCUAUGCGGAAGUCACAGCUAAGUUUCAAAACAUCUCCUUCGACUUCCACUUCGAAGGCUUAGCACCCAAGGCCUAUGCCACCUUACCCGCUUUCUACGAGAGCGCGACAGGGUACUAUGUGGCUGGCAUUCCAUGCCACGUGACAAUAGACCGAGUGAAAGGCACUUGGAAUUGCACCGGCUCGCAAUCCACAGCGCUCACUACGCCUUAUAAGCCAGUUGGGUCCUUCAGGUUCUUGGUCGAUGCUGGUCCGUUCAAUAAUCCCUCGGCCUUCUACGUUGGGGUUACAGUUGACCAAGCAAUAGUGGCUGGGGUGACAUUUACCGACCUGCUGGUGAAGGGGACGGUGGGAGCGAUCGCUGCGGCGACAAAGGAUUCUUUGCUGAAGUCAUCUCUCUGUGACGGAAUGCCGCCCAAAGCUCCUAUCACGCGAGGAAGGUUCCAGGUGAUAGAAGGCGAUCAGUCCGACAGCGACAUAGAUGCUGCAGCUGCAGCCGGGGUGAUUGUGGUGGACAGGUUCCUGGUGAAGGACGAUGCAGAGCGGCAUGCAGGCUUGAAGGCAUCUCGGCAGGGGAAGCUGCCAUCGCGCUUCACGUUUGAGCCUGCUGACGACCCAGGUGGUCCUGCGAAGCCCUAUUCCGGCCAGAUACAGCCUGCGCCAGGUACGCCCUCCCCACAUGAGUCCACAGGGGGUGGGGGUUUCACUGUUCAUAGAGGCCCAGGUGGAACCACAGGUAGGUUUACAGAGGUGCGGGAAGGGAGAGGGAGAGAGGAGGGGGGGAGGGAGGAGAAGUGGGGCGUGGAGCGGGUUAGAGAGGAGAGAGUGAGGGAUGGUUCGUGGGAGGAUAAGGAGAGGGAGAAGGGGAAGGAGGAGAGGGAGCGGAGGAGAGAUGAGAGGAGCAAGGUGGAUAGGGGGAGAGAGGAGAAGGGGAAGGAGGAGAGGGGGAGAGAGGAGCGGGCAAGAGAGGAGAGGGUUAGAGAGGAGAGACUGAGGGGAGAGCGGGGGAAGGAGGCACGGCCGAGAGAGGAGAAGCCAGGCCCGAGGGAAGGAGGGGUGUUUGCCCGGGAGGUGGGAAAGCUUAAAGAGGAGAGGGCACGAGAGGAGAGGGCGCGAGAGGAGAGGUUGCGAGAGGAGAGGGCGCGAGAGAAGAGGAGGGAGGAGAGGAGCAAGGAGGGAGGAGGGUCCAGAGAGUUGAAAGGGCGGGAGGAGAAGGGGAAGGAGGAGAGGGGAGGAGUGGGAGGGGGGAGGAGGAGGGGAGGAGGAGGGGGGGAGGAGGCGGAGGGGUUGGGGGAGGGGCAGGAGGAGGAGGUGAGCAACAGUGGCAGGGCGAGCAGGCGUGCAGCAGAAGGGGCGGUUCUCAGUAACGACAGACGACUCGGACGACGAGGGAGGAGAGAAUGGGCAUGGCGCCCAUUGUGCUGCGCAGCUCCCUCAUGCCCCGCCCAGCUGGUCAGCAGCAGUCUUCUGCUGCUGGAGGGGCGCGUGCUGCCCCCCAACCGCCCUCCCACGCCUUCGCAUGGGGUGCCUGCUGCUGCUGCUGCUGCUGCUGCUGCUGCUGGGUCCUCCCACCUCCCUUUCUUUCAGAAAGGUUGGUGA